AUGCGCAUCCACACCAAUCUUCUCAAUCGAUCAGUGAGCAUGAGUGGGAAGAAGAAUGAUAUGGAAACUGUUCGUCCGGUUUCAGUUCCAAGCUACCGCUUGGCCGCGAUGAGAACAGGGAUAUGCGUGACAGGAUUCAUUGGAACUUACUUCUGUUUACAACAACGAAUUUCCCGAACCAAUCCACAAGUCACCUUGGUGAUUCGACGGCUUGCCGGUACCUUAUCCCUGGUCAGUUGUAUUCUGUGUCUCGUGGCCAGCAUCUUUUCCGGUCAGAAAGGCUCAUUGAUUGCCACUUAUGGGACUGAAUGUGUACCGUCCAAUCCGCGAUUGGCAACUGUGACUGUUUCCAAUGACACAGAUCCUCAGUCAACCGAAGAUCCUCAAUCCGGAUUUGAGCAACAAUGCUGCGUGGACGGUGCAGAUCGGGUUUUGGGACCUCUGUGUCAGUGUUUCAAUGUGAGAAACCAACUGAUGUGGAGCUACCGAGGUAUCACGUGUCGAUACUUGUUCUCGUCUGUGAAAGACUAUCUGAUCCUACAAUCGGCUCUAAUGGCAGUUGGCACAGGAGUGUGUCUCUGGUUUUGGGUCGUUCUGAUUGAACAAUUUCAACCGGUCCCGGACGUGGGCAGUAGCAGCUGUAGUGAACUACAGACAGCGAAAAAAUACAGCUUAUCCUCUGUGAAAAACUCGAUCGGCGAGACCACCACAACAUCGUACGAUGGAAAACGAUUUUCCAGCGAGACCCCAAGCGAUUCCAAACCCCGUGGACCGAAUCAUGCGCCCACUAUCGUGGUUGAUUCAACCGGUCAACCAUCGACCACAUACACCACGAUACUUUCAUCUCCACUGACCAAAACUAUCCCGGUUACCUGUUGCACCGAGAGUGUGAUUCGAGAUUCAAAGUUGAAUCGAUCCACCAGAUGUGUCACGGGAUCGCGUCUACUGGAUUCUCCAUCAGAAUCAGAAAUGUCCAGACAUUCCCGACAAUCGUUCUCGCAACAAUCUGCACCAGUACCAAACGGCUUGCAGAUAAAACCAGUUCCGGCGAUCACAAAAGAUGCCUCUGGAUGGACUCAGUCUGGGAGUACUUUUGAUCGCCGUGGAUCAGACAGUUCCCGAAUUCCAUGUGAAAUACAGAAAUAG